CGCGUAGGCCAGGAAGCGCAGGCCUUCCCUUCACCGGCCGAGUUAGGCAAACUGAUGCUGUGUCGACCCGGUGACCAUGGCGGUGUUUCACGACGAGGUGGAGAUCGAGGACUUUCAGUAUGACGAGGACUCGGAGACAUACUUCUACCCCUGCCCCUGUGGGGAUAACUUCUCCAUCACCAAGGAAGAUUUGGAGAACGGAGAAGAUGUGGCAACGUGUCCUAGCUGCUCUCUCAUUAUAAAAGUGAUUUAUGACAAAGAUCAGUUUAUGUGUGGAGAAACAGUCCCCGCACCUUCAACCAACAAAGAGUUAGUUAAAUGCUGAAGAAGCCCAGAGGAACCCAAAUCCUGAGCAUUAGGGAAUGGCCUCAGGUGGAUGGAUUGAGUGCUAAGUUAACAAGCUCUGCAUAGGACAGCCGUCUUGUGGCUUGCUUCCAGGAGGGGUAUGCAUCAUCAUCAG